GAUUGGUUAUGUUAUCACGUCUUGCGGACCUGCGGUCUUCGUUUCUUGAACCUCUAAAAACUUAAUUUCCUCAGUAGGAAAAUUAUUUCAUUAUUAUCUAUCAUUACAGGAGAAGGUUCUAUAGUUUGAUUUUUAACAAAAUUUCCUUUUAUUGAAACGUCUAUUUAGUAGAGUGUGAAAAAUAUCGCGUGUCCCUUAAUAUUUUUCUUUUUUGAAAAAGUCAAAAUUACAUAAGACGUGAUGAGUCACAGAAUAAAGGGUGUCAUGCAAACGUCAAAAUCUGAUCAGUGCAAUAGGGGCGGACGUUUCUUAAUUUAUUAACUAAUAAAAUAUUCAAUUCAAUACUAUGUUUAUUGAUAAUUCACUAUUGUGAAUAAGAAAUUCACCAAAAGGAAGUAAAUUUAAUGACAAUAUACAAUGAAAUGCAUACGAGAGGAUACAAAGAAAAAGAAAGAAGAUAGUAAAAGAUGUUGAUUUAGAAGAAUAAAAAUAUUUUUUCGGAAAAUAUAAUAGACGUUGUUGUCAAUCAAUAACGAGGAUAAUAAGAAAAUAGUCAUUUUUAAAUUAGAGAGAAUAAAAGUUAUAUAUAUAUAUAUAUAUAUAUAUAAAUAUUAUAUAUUUGAAAUAAUAUAAUAUAAAGAAACAAAAUGCCAGCUCCACCUCCACCACUUCCAAAUUUGCCAGAAGCACAAAUUUGUGAGAAAACUGAUGUUAAUGAAAGUGAAAAUUUACCACCAUGGGCUAAAAUAACUCUCACUUCGACUGAGGCGGAAAUAGAAAAAUUGAUUGCUAGAAAUGAAUUAAAAGAUGCGGAGGUGACGUAUUUUUGUCAAGUGGAACCAAUUCUUCAGGACGGUCCUCAAUGUGGAUUAGUUGCCCUGGCAAUGGCAUCUCAGGAAUAUAGAAAACCAGUUUCAGUGGGUCAACUUUUGGCAGAAGCUCGUGUUCGUGGAUUCACUCAACACGGCGAAGUUUAUAGUGUUGAUUUCAUGGGAACUUUAGCUGCAGAAUAUUUACCAGAUCACAGACCUGAUAUUUUAAUUGAUCUUCAAACUUGUCCUGAUACAUUAACGCAUGCAUUGGCUCAUGGUGCGAUGGUUCUCGUGCCCUACGAUUCUGAUUUUAAUCAUGCUCCUUGUCUUAAAAGGGGUCAUAAAGCUCACUGGGCUUUACUCGUUGGACUCAUUUCCUCUAGACAAGGAUAUCACGUAUUGGCGCGUCACGGAAAAUCUCGACAUCUGGCCUGCUGGCCACUUCGCGAUUUGAUUGAAAGCAAUGGAAAUUUAGAAGAGGAAGGAACAGCGCGACACGCGGGUGGAUAUGUGAUACCAAAAGGUGGUGUAGGUGGUCAAAGAGGAUUGCGAGGUAGGGCCCUAGCUCUUCAUCCCUACGUCUAAUAUUUCCUGAAUUCAUAUUUAAAAAACCAAAAAAAUCAUUCUUAUAGCUAAUCAAUACCACAGUUUCUUUUUCUUUUCUCUAUAUUUCUCUCAUUAAAAAAAUAUUUCCUUCUUUUUUAUCUUAAUUUUCAUUUGUUUUCUUUAUAUAAUAUUAAAAAAAUAUAGUAUUGUUCUGCUUUGUACAUACUAUCAACAAAAUUAUCAAUGUUGAUAAUAAUUCGCAAAACAAAACUUACACAAUGUAAAUAACUGUUGCAUAUUUUAUUUAGUUUAUUGCUGUUUUUUAUUAUAUAUAUAUAUAUAUAUAUAUAUAUAUAUAUAUAUAUAUAUAAAAAUAUCGUUUCUGUGGUAUUGUAUUUUAAUUAGUAUCUCGAAUAACGUAACACAAAAAAAAAAUGCAAAGAAUCCUAUGCAAUAAUUUAAAUUGUCAUCUCUUUGAAAAAACCUUGAAUUUCUCAGGGAAUCAAAAUUUAUAAUUUUUAUCGAAAUUGCUAUCAAAUUAUAAAAUUGUCACUUGGAAUAAAUCCAGUAAAUCUUCGAAAAUCAAUUGAAAAUUUAAUAAAUUUUAUUUAUUUUUCAAAUUAUAA